UCUAAUCGUAAGAUCCGGGUGACCCGAAUCCAAGAGUCAGAGCGAGUCAGGAAUAGGCUUUUUCACAUUUUCUCGUGGCCUCAACAAGCUUAACUUCUUACCGUUGAAGCAGCUCAUCGUCGCCAGAGAACCAAAAUGUUAGCUCGCCUCGCAGCUCAACGAUUAGUGGAGAUCCGUCAAGCUCUUCGUAGAACUCCACAGGUUUCGCGAUCUCUUUCCACUGCACUUAAUUAUCACCUGAACAGUCCUGAUAACAAUCCUGAAUUGCCAUGGGAGUUUACAGAGACAAAUAUGAAAAAGGUGAAGGAAAUAUUAACACACUAUCCAUCCAACUAUAAGCAAUCUGCAGUUAUUCCUUUGCUUGAUCUUGCGCAACAGCAACAUGGGGGUUGGCUUCCUGUUUCAGCAAUGAAUGCAGUAGCGAAGGUUAUUGAAGUUGCUCCUAUUCGUGUAUAUGAGGUUGCAACCUUCUACUCCAUGUUCAACAGAUCAAAGGUAGGCAAGUACCACCUUUUGGUUUGUGGCACAACACCUUGUAUGAUACGUGGUUCAAGGGAGAUAGAAGAUGCGUUACUGAAACACCUUGGAGUAAAGCGGAAUGAAGUGACAAAAGAUGGGUUAUUCUCUGUUGGAGAGAUGGAAUGCAUGGGGUGCUGCGUAAAUGCUCCAAUGAUUACCAUUGCUGACUACUCCAAUGGGUCUGAAGGAUAUACGUAUAAUUAUUACGAAGAUCUCACUCCUAAACGAGCUGUGGAAAUUGUGGAGGCAUUCAGAAGAGGUGAAAAGCCAAAGCGAGGAACGCAAAACCCACAGCGGCAGAAUUCUGGGCCACAGGGAGGAAACACUACCUUGUUAGGGGAGCCAAAGCCUGCGCCAUGUAGGGAUCUUGAUGCUUGCUGAUCGAAAUUGUUAUAUGAUGCUUCUAAUAAUGCGACAUAGGAUGUUGGUCAAAUUUUCCAUGAUUAUUAUACUCUUAUUAAUUGUUGUAUUGUUGUAUUUAUGGUAUCUCGCCGGGUCACUUGAUCAAUCCUCAUAACUGUGUUGUUAAAUAACUCAAAAUGAAGAGACCAGGCUCUGCUGAGCGUGUGAAUCACAUAAUAUUGUUGAAUAAUAUUGUGUGAUAAGAAGAAUGUGCUUUCUCUUGUUUGA